UACGGGCGCUCUGCUGCGGUACAGGCAGACUGAGGACGCCAUCGGGGGCAGGUGCACGGCCAAGGGGUCACAUACCACCACGUUACUCCUGGCACGGUUGGUGAUCCCAUUUGCAACUGCCUGGUCCAGGCCCUGGAGGCCACAGUGUCGAUCCCAGCGUUGCCUGCCCACCAGGACCGUCUUGAGGAUGCCCCAGAAGAAAGAGAAGCGAAAAGCAGGUCAAGGGGGCAAGACUGAGGCCGAGCCAGACACCACAGAGUUGCCGCGUUUUCCUCCGAAGAGGAAUAAGGAGGAGGCAGCCCUGGGGAAGCUGGAGGAGGCAGUGCAGGAGGCCCGGCAGAAGGCAGCCCCAUCCGUGCAGGACUUCAAGUACAAUAAAAAGCGGGUUCGUCUUAUCUCACAGGGCUCUGACCUCAAGGACGGCGCUAAGUGCAUCCUCUACUGGAUGUCCCGAGACCAGCGUGUGCAAGAUAACUGGGCUUUCCUCUAUGCCCAGCGGCUGGCGCUCAAACAGGAGCUCCCUCUGCAUGUCUGCUUCUGCCUGGUGCCCAAAUUCCUGGAUGCCACCAUCCGCCAUUAUGGCUUCAUGCUGAGGGGCCUGCAGGAGGUGGCCAAGGAGUGCACAGAGCUGAACAUCCCCUUCCACUUGCUGCUGGGCUACGCCAAGGAUGUGCUGCUCACAUUCGUGGUGAAGCAUGGCGUAGGUGGGUUGGUGACAGAUUUCUGUCCCCUCCGUGUCCCCCAACAGUGGGUGGAGGACGUCAGAGAGCGGUUGCCAGAGGAUGUGCCAUUUGCACAGGUUGAUGCCCACAACAUCGUGCCCUGCUGGGUCACCUCCCCCAAGCAGGAGUACAGCGCCAGGACCAUUCGAGGCAAGAUCCACAGUCAGCUUCCGGAGUUCCUCACUGAGUUCCCUCCAGUCAUUCCACACCCGUAUCCCCCCUCCAGCCUGGCAGAGCCCGUUGCUUGGGAGGCCUGUUAUUCCAGCUUGCAGGUGGACCGCACCGUGAAGGAGGUGGAGUGGGCAACCCCUGGCACUGCUGCAGGGCUGGCUGUGCUGCAGUCCUUCAUUGCCGAGCGGCUGGAAUCCUUCGGCUCCCACCGAAAUGACCCCAACAAGGCAGCUCUCAGCAACCUGUCACCGUGGUUCCACUUUGGCCAGGUUUCCACUCAGCGAGCCAUCCUGGAGGUGCGGAAACACCACAGGAAGUACAAGGAGUCUGUGGACAUCUUUGUGGAGGAGGCUGUGGUGCGGCGGGAGCUGGCUGACAACUUCUGCUACUACAACAAGAACUACGACAGUGUUCAAGGUGCCUACGACUGGGCGCAAACCACUCUGAAGCUCCAUGCUAAAGACAAGAGGCCUUUUCUCUAUGAGCUGCAGGAACUAGAGCAGGGGAACACGCAUGACCCACUCUGGAAUGCUGCCCAGCUCCAAAUGGUCCGGGAGGGCAAGAUGCAUGGUUUCCUGCGGAUGUAUUGGGCCAAGAAGAUCCUGGAGUGGACCCGCUCCCCUGAGGAGGCUCUGCAGUUUGCCAUCUACCUCAAUGAUCGCUACGAGCUGGACGGGAGGGACCCCAACGGAUAUGUAGGCUGCCUCUGGUCCAUCUGCGGCAUACACGACCAGGGCUGGGCAGAGCGGGCUGUGUUCGGGAAGAUCCGCUACAUGAACUAUGCCGGCUGCAAGAGGAAGUUUGACGUGAGCCAGUUUGAGCGUCGCUACGCCCCCCACAAGCUCAAAAAGUGAAUGGUACUGCAGUGCCCAGAAUGCAAACAGGAUCAUGGACCAAGUGUGCCUCAUGAUUGCUUGUGCUCCUCAGUGCUUGAGGCAGACGGUGCCUUUGCCAAGAUGCUGGCUCAUACCCUGCCCUCUGACCAGGGACUGCCCUGGGUGCUGGUGGAGGAGACACUACAGAAAGCAGCAAGUGCCAGGGUGUUGGCAGGUUUCUUUUGUCUGGCAUUACAUCCCUGCUAGAGCUACUGUGCUAGGGCAGCUAUGCUAGAGCCUUCUUGGGGGCUGUGUGGGGCAGUUUAGCUGUCACAGCUUUACUCGUGUCUGUGAGAUUCCAUCCUCAGCAUGCCAGGACCUGUCGGAAAACUUCUUCAGCAGCUGUGCUCAGGAGUAAGCUGAAGUCUCCUUUGUUGCUGUAACCACAGCCUGGCUUUUUGCUGAGCAAGGCCUUUCUGGGGAAAAGCGCAACAAACCCAGCUCACUGUGCCAGGCUUCCUAGCGGCUUCCCUGCCUGCCACCCCCAGAGAAGCCCUGCUUCACUCGGUGCAGAGUGAGUGCUGUGGAGGGUUGCAUACGCAUUUCCCACAGAGUUACUGCCCUCUUGUUUUAAAGUUUACAGUCCCCAGCUCCUGUGUCUGUGGUGUUUAUGGAGCAACAUGCAGCACUGCUGCAUGGGGCAGGGAUGCAAGCAGGGAAGGGGCAGCUGGACUCAGGCCAAGCCCAUGCCACUGGGCCCCUUUGCCAGCAGUAAAGAAAAGCCCAGAAAGGGGAUGUGUUACAGAGAGCCUCUUACUCAACAGCUCACUUCGCCUGCCAGCAGCCCCUACUUCAGCAGGCAGUUUACAAAGAGGUGCUGCAAACCAGAUGGCUUAGUCAAGGGGUGGUGACAAUAACCCCUUCUCAGCCAUGGGCUCCCCCACCUGGCUAUGCAUCACCAGUCGCACAGGCUGCCCCCCCCCCCCCACCCCCCCCGCAAAGUCAGGGCUCCCUUACAGCCUGCUGUUGUCAUCAGCUACCCCAUCCUGCUCCCUCCUCCCUUCCUACCACACAGCCAACAAGCACUGUAGCAUUGACCCCCAGGAGGGGAUGCCAACAGUUCGUUCCACCCAAAGUGAUCUGCCACAACACAGACAGGCCUCUUACUUAUUAACUUAGUUUAUUAGGGACGGCAUUUUCGUUGCUAUGCUGUGCAAUAGUCCAGUGGGGAGGGCUCCACUCAAGUGCCAGGGCCGCCCCUUGUUCUCUACUUAUGAAGAGCUCACGCACCUUGACGAUUUCCAGUGUUACUCCUAUCAGUCAGUGCUGUGCUGCCAUGGGAAAAGCAGCAGUGUUAGUGUUGUGCAUAACCCUGCGCUGGAGACCUCCACCAGUGUUGGCGGUCCCUGGUGCUUCCAGACAGAGCCCAGAGUGGAGGGUGGAAAAUACAAAUAAACCAAAAUCCAUUCACUUUUCUAAACAUACUCAGUGCUUUUAGAAACAGCCGUGGGCAGUGUCUCGGCCAGUGUCCCACGACAUUAAAGUGCUUCAAACAAAACAGCGCGGCUGAAGUUGCAUUGCUCUGAGCCAGCUCCUAGGAGCGGGGGGGAAUACUGGCUCACACAUAUUUGGGAGGCAGGGAGGCUGUCACAAAUCUUUGCUGAGCUGGAUGGCAGCAUGUGGGGUCAGCUCAGAGAGCGAGCAGGCAAGAACGGAGGCAUUGCUCUCGAUUGGCAAGGUGGGACCAGCUGCUGGCAGCCCCAGGGCUUGCAGCGUUCUGGCUGGUGAACGCCCACUGGCUGAAACAGAAUGAGCAAAA